AUGAGCGCCGCCCUCGCCGCGCGCUCGGCUCCGGCCGCGGUGCCAGAGGGGGGCCCGCCGCCGCCGGAGUGUGCAGCGGGCUCGGCGGCGGCGGCCCCGCCCGUGCUCAGCCUGCGCCAGGUGAUCUUCGACCCCGCAGGCUGCCUGUCGGUCCCGCUCGUCGCCGUCGGCGGGUGCGUGGUCGUGCUGGACCUGGAGGCGGGGCGCCUGGACCUCUCGGCCGACGGCGCGAAGCUCAUCGUCAGCCUCGCCAGGCUCGACCGGGCGAGCGCCGACGGGCUCCGCCGUCGGGGCGCGGGUGGUCGCCGUCGGCCGCGUGCGCAAGGAGAAGCGGCGCACCUUCCUGGAGGCGCACGCGGUCAGCAGCGCGCCGGCGGGGUGAUGGCGCAGCCCUCCUCCUCCUCUCUGGAGGGAGGCAAAACACACAGCCACAAUGAAUCGUCGAUUCCCCAGAAAAUAUGGGAAAAGAUGGGAAAACAGCUGCAUAUACACACGAACGUCCAGAGCCCCGCGCGGAUCUCUCGGGUCCGCCCUGGCGGCGCCUCCCGCCCCGCUCGGGCGCGCUCCGCGAGGCAGGGAGGGGGGGUGCCCAGCGCCGCUCCAGGGAGGCUGCGCGGACCUCGGAGGAGGUGCCGGCGGACUGCGUAUUUGUUGCGGUGUUGCAUUUAG